AUGGUUUCUCGCAGAAAGCAAGUCCCAGCCAGGUCGGAGGGCUCCAGCCUUCGCCGCUGCCUCUCCACCGUGGACCUGGUUGCCCUGGGAGUGGGCAGCACACUGGGGGCUGGUGUCUACAUCCUGGCAGGGGAAGUGGCUAAGACCAGCUCUGGCCCCAGCAUCAUCCUUUCUUUCCUGAUGGCAGCCAUGGUGUCUGCUCUGGCUGGGUUCUGCUACGCUGAAUUUGGGGCCCGUGUGCCCCUGGCUGGGUCCGUCUAUCUCUACACCUACGUGAUGGUGGGUGAGCUGUGGGCAUUCAUCGCUGGGUGGAAUCUGCUGCUGUCCUAUGUCAUUGGUACCGCCAGCGUUGCCCGAGCCUGGAGUGCCUCCUUUGACCAGCUCAUUGGCAAGAAGAUGGGGAAGUUUUUGGGUGCUCAAGUGGCUGUGAGCUCUGUGGGGCUGGCAGAGCACCUGGAUGCCUUUGCUGCUGGCCUGGUGGUCCUCCUGGCAGGGCUUCUUUCCUUUGGAGUGAAGGAGUCCACCACAGUCAACAAAGCCUUCACAGCUCUUAAUGUGCUUGUCCUGCUCUUUGUCGCAGUGAGUGGCUUCAUCCAAGGUGACCUGAGUAACUGGAAGCUCAGGGAGGAUGACCUGCCACGGGCAGCUGCUCAUGAGGCUGGGAACCAGUCCAUGACUGACAAUGUGAGCAGUGCCUUUGGGGUGGGAGGCUUCGUGCCCUAUGGUUUCACUGGGACCUUGGCUGGAGCCUCUACCUGUUUCUAUGCCUUCGUUGGAUUUGACUGCAUCGCUACCAUGGGGGAAGAAGUGAGAGACCCGCAGAGAUCCAUCCCUGUGGGCAUCAUCCUCUCCCUUCUCAUCUGCUUCCUGGCAUACUUUGGGGUGUCUGCUGCCCUCACCCUGAUGAUGCCUUACUACCUCCUGGACACCAUGAGCCCACUCCCGGUGGCUUUUGAAUACAUUGGCUGGAGCAGUGCAAAGCACGCCAUGGCUGUGGGGUCACUGUGCGCCCUGACGACCAGCCUCCUGGGCUCCAUGUUCCCCAUGCCACGGAUCCUGUACGCGAUGGCUCGAGAUGGGCUCCUCUUCAAACCUCUGGCCAAAGUUAGUCGUCGUCAGUGCCCGGUGGUAGCAACACUGGUGUCUGGAGCAGUGGCAGCUCUGCUGGCCCUCUUCUUCGACCUGAAAGCCCUAGUUGACAUGAUGUCCAUCAGCACACUGCUGGCCUACUCUCUGGUGGCUGGCUGCCUGCUGCUGCUCAGGUAUCAACCUGAACCCAGUGCUCAGGACACUCCUGCAGGGAAGGUCCUGGCUGUGCGGCUCUGGUGGGACCAUCUUGUCCAUCCACCUCCACCCGCGCUGGUCUGCGCUGUGAGCUGGGUGAGUGCCUCUGGGCUGCCCUGCCUCCGGGACCGGGGUGCCUGGUGCAUCGCAGCUCUGGUUCUGCCUCUCCUGGGGAUCCUGGUGACAGCUCUGCUCAUCUGGAGGCAGCCUCAGAGCCAGGAGAGAGCAUCCUUCAUGGUUCCCUGCCUGCCCUUCCUGCCACUCCUCAGCAUCACCAUCAACAGCAUCCUGCUGGCCCAGCUCGGCGCAGCUGCAUGGCUGCGGUACCUGCUCUGGAUGGCCAUCGGUUUCCUCAUUUAUUUUGUGUAUGGGAUCCGGCACAGUGCUGAGAGCCACCGGCCCGAAGGAGCAGUACCCUGGGACCUGCCAGCAAGCAUGGCCAGGGGGGUGACCCAGGCGCCCCGAGGGGUUGUGCAGUGCCCAUCUGCUCCGGGGCAAUAA